AUGGAGUCCAACCUUGACUCUGUCGGCAGCGCCAAGUUCAUCAGCGUUGCAGACGUCCAGUCAGCGUACUGGCAGAUUCCUGUUCAUCCUGACCACGUCGAAAGGACAGCCUUUGUCACCAACUCUGGCAAGUACUGUUACAAGCGGAUGCCGUUUGGUGUUUGUAAUGCCCCAUGGAUUUUUACUGAGAUGGCCCAUAAAACGUUAGGUCAUAUUCCCGAACUGUUGAUUUACAUGGAUGAUUUCUGUGUGCUUUCAGCAACUUUCGAGAAUCAUAUGAAGUCUUUGGAGAGCAUGUUCGUAGCUCUCCAAGCAGCAGGUCUGACAUUGAAACCUUCGAAGAUUUCGUUUGGCCCCAAGUCCAUCGAGUAUUUGGGACAUAUUAUUUCGGCUGAAGGUAUUUCUGUCGGGAAGGAUCGUACCAAUGCCGUCCAAAACCUUCCUACUCCUCGUUGCCUG